AUGUCAACCCGUUCCGCUCCAGCCUCCGACCAACACUCCGAAGCCCCGUCAUUUCGUAUCGAACCCAAACGAUCUGGACAGCGAACAUUCGAGGAAUUUGGUCGGAAAGCGACGCUGAGCUCUCGCUUGAAGGCUGCCGCUGGGAAAGACCGUUCCAGAUCAGGUCACUCUCCUACCAGCCCUCCUCGAAUUGGUCGAGGCUCUGACCGCAUCACGCGCUGGAACACGGCAGAGGAGGUUUCCAGUUCUCGAAGGGAUCGAUCUUCUGAACAUCGCCCUCGCCGGCGGAGGGCCAAGACCAUUGCUCACAUCCCGAAUACUAGGGCUUCGAGCGGAGAGAGGACUCUAGAAGAGCGACGCUUGGUCCAGCUAGAAAGGAGAACUCUGAAGGAGAGUGGCGACUACCUUGGCGUCACCGGAAUCAACCCAAGCACCGGAGAGCUGGACGUUUUGACUCCCUCGACAACUAGUUUCAGCUCCGCAUCCUGGGCUCUUGAACCAAAGCUGGAAUCACGCCAAAAGACGCUGCCGAUAAAUGAUCGCAGAGGGGCCAUCGUGCUGACGGAAGAGGUGACGCAAAAGCUCCAGCAACAAGAGGAACGGCGGUUCGCACAGAAAGAUCGAGAAAAGGAGGCCAUACGACAAGCCCAGCGCAACGUUCGGUGGCGGCGCAAUCGGCAGCACUGGUCGUCUGCAAAAGAACCGGUUCUGAGCCCAAUUGCCCAGUCAAUCAAGAGCGUUUCCACCCGCGAGUCGGAAGACAAAGACGGAGACUGGAGUUUCCCGCAACCGCAGGAAAUGUAUCAUUCCCAUCGACCGGCAAUGGGUCACACAGAUCCCAGGUCCCACUUGUCAAGGCAUCUGAUCUCGGAGGAUGACGGUGCGGAUUCUUCUGACACGAUAGUUCGAACACCUCAACGGAGGCGAUCCUCCUUCGCCGCCCCUGGAAUUAGAGAGCUCAUGGGGAGUGGUACCGCUUUCGGUGAUGAGAGAGAUUUAGCCUUGGGACAGGUUCCGGUUGGCGCUGCGAGCCCUGCACAGGGUGUAAGUGCGGGAAGCCCGCAAGUCCAAAUCACGCCUCCCACACUCAUUGCCAAGCAGAAGACCAAGGGAGACCAAGUAAUGGAGAAAGUAUUGCCGCCUCUUCCCAAAGGUCCUCAAAAGGCGGUUUCUUUUUUAGGCCAGCGAUGGCUCGAGGAGACAGAGCCGGGAGGCCGGCCAGCACUCCGGGCCGUUUCCACCCCGAUGAAUUGCGUCGUGACGGACCGGCGAAAACACAACAUCAGGGAGUUCUCAAGAAUUCCCUGUCCAACCCCGGGCAAAGUUCCUUCCUACCCUUUGAGAGCAAUAUCAAUCAAUUCCAGGUCGAUUCAAAAAGACCGCUUGAGCGUUCAUAUCCUAACAGAAACGUACCAAACACGACUCCCAGCCCCUCAGUCAUUAGAAACAGACCAUUCUCGAUUCAUCAAACAGAAGCAGCAAGCCCGUCAGGAGUCCGAGGUCCUCACUUCCAACAAAGUUUCAAAGGACCGGUCACUAGGGAUAGGCUCCCGAUUCGUGGUAGAGCAGCAGCGGGAUCUCAACAACCAGGAGGCAACCGAGAUUUGUGGCCUAGGAGCUCCAGUGACCAUAUCCCCAUCCGAGUCAUGGUCGACAUUCCAGAGGGCUUCGGAGGCUCUGAAGACGUGGAACGAAGGGUCAAUGGCCAGAACCCCCCCCAAGGGGCCGAUGAGCGCCAGCUUGCAGGUGACGGCAGAGUUUUCGAACCUGGCAAGCAAGCCUUCUGUGGACCAGCUAGUGACCCAAGACACGAUGGAGACGAACGAGGAACCGACCUGCCUUGUAGAUCAAGAAGGAAUAGAGGGACCGGCGGUAAGGUCUGCUAUCAUACCCACCAUCACCACUACUGGCUUCGACCAAGGUCAUUUUCGAUUGAGCCCAUGUCAAAGUCAACCAGGGAGGAAAGCCAGCGAAAACUGGAGCAUGUUGCAGAAUCGACACAGCAGUCGGCGAUGCGACGGACAAAUGUCGACUUCGACAGAAGAGAUAUCGAUGGAAUCAACACGUCUGCUGGCCAACGUCAAACGGCGGACCGAGACGUUGGUGCCAAAAGGCAAGCUUGCGGCGGCAGCUCAGAACGGUCAAAAGGCUGCGAUCCAAACGGAGGCCAGGAAGUCCUUUGUCGAGAGUUCGCCCGGCAGCGAAAUCGAAGAGGAGCAGACGGAGAACAGUGUCACGUCACCCACGUCCACGUCUACAUCACCCCUAACCGUUCGGGAAGAAGCUGUCCAGCGGGAUCAAAGCAAGGCAGCUUCAUUGAGGGCGGCGCGGGCCGCAGCGGUCUACUCGGGCAGCAAGAUGGCGGAAACUCAGAAAAGGUGUCUUGGGGCGAGCAAAGAUUCCCGAGCACUGCCUCUCAGUCUAAGAAAGCCUCGUGCCGAUCACGUUCCGUUUAGGAGGUUGAGGAGCAGCUUCAACUGGAUGGUGAGACGUUCGGACAAGAGCCGACAGAAGUCGAACAGCAGAAGCACGGACAGCCCGGAGACCAGCAACAGCGACCAGAGCAGCUCUCGCCCAGUCUCUGUCAGAACAGGGAGCAGUGCCGACCCUCAGACUAUCCGCACACAGCAGAGCAGAGAGUGGCCAGCGACCAGUCAGGUCACGUCGUCGAAGCCUGGCUGCAGCACGUCAAGCACGCUGGUGGACAAGGGCUCCGAAGGCGGCGACAUCGAAGGUCGUUUGAGAAGUGAGACGAUCCAUAAGCGGUUGCUAAAAUGCGCCACCGACGGCAAGCAGAUGGCGGGGAUCUGGGCCCGGUGGUACUGGAGUCUGAUCUCGCCAUGCUUUGAUCCGACAUCGCCAGUGAGAAAGCGACUUGACGGCAACGAGUCAACAUGGAGGGAUUUCGGAUUGUUCCUAUUCACGGUGAGCAGCGGUUUCAUAUCAUUGGCGGUGGCGGUCCGGACGGCGCAGGGGAUCGCACUGGUGAUGCGGACAGCGCAUGGUGUGCUGGGGGGGCUGAUUGCGAUUCUCGGUUCCUGA